AUGGGAAGGGUGUUACAAAAUUAUUAUUAUUAUUAUUUUUUUUUUAUUUAUUUUUUUUAUUUUUAUUUUUUUUAUUAUCAUGAUAUUAAUGUAUUAAAAAGAGUAUAUUUAUUAUUGUUAUUUAAUAUUUUUAUGUUUUUUAAAAAAAAAAAGAGAUUUAAUAAUAGUGUGUGUGUAAUCAACCACCACAAUUUUUUUUUAAUUUGUUUUGUUCUUCAACUUAACCCACAUUUUUCAAAAAAAGAAAAAAAAAAAAAAAUAAUAAUAAUAAUCAAUCGAAAGUUCCACAAAAAAAUAAAGAGGGUUUAA